AUGUCCAGAAAGAGAAAAGUUGAUGCAGACGGAAGACUGUUUCAAGAAAGAUGGGAAGGCGAAUACUUGUUUGUGCUUCAAGGAGAAAGACCAGUAUGUCUUUUGUGUUACGAGGCGGUGUCGGUUGUCAAAGAGUACAAUCUGCGUCGACAUUUUGACACCAAACACGGAGCUAAGUAUGCUAAAGCUAGCCUUCAAGAUAAGCAACAAAUUGCCCAAGAAUUAAAAGGCAAACUGCGGUUGCAGCAGAGUUUGUUCACAAAAUCCACAGCCAAAAACGAGGGUGCAGUGAAAGCUAGCUUCAUUGUGGCUGAAGAAAUCGCCCACGCUUCCAAGUCUUUUUCAGAGGGAGCGUUUUUGAAGCAGUGCAUGCUGAAGGUCUGUGAGCAGGUGUGUCCCGACCAGUUACAGACUUUUAGAAAUGUCAGUUUAUCAAGAAACACCAUCGCGAACCGAGUGAAGGAACUAGCAGAAAAUCUUACAACACAGCUGACCGAGGAGACACGCAGCUACACAGCUUUUUCAUUAGCUGUUGAUGAAAGUACAGAUAACACAGACACAGCGCAGUUAUCAAUUUUUAUUAGAGGCGUAAAGUCGGACCUCUCUAUCACUGAGGAGCUGUUGGAUGUGGCUGCAAUGCAUGGGACCACGACGGGACAGGACAUUUUUGAUGCGGUGGAGAAGUCCGUAAGUAAAAAUGCAUUGCAGUGGGAAAACUUGGUGGGAUUAACUUCAGACAGUGCACCGGCAAUGUGUGGAGGAAAAGUGGGCUUGGUUGGACUAAUGAAGAGGAAAAUGCAAGAAAUGAACUGUCACACGCCUCUGAUAACAUAUCAUUGCAUUAUCCAUCAAGAAGCUUUGUGUGGGAAGGUGCUGGGGAUGGAGGACAUUGUGACCACAGUCAUGAAAACAGUGAACUUCAUUCGGGCGCGGGGCCUGAACCACCGUCAGUUCCAGCAGUUUUUGCUGGAGAUGGGCUCGGAACACGGGGAUGUGCCGUACCAUACAGAAGUGCGGUGGCUGAGUAGGAGCAAAGUCCUCAAGCGAUUUUUUGAGCUCAGGGAAGACAUUGCUAUUUUUAUGCAGAGUAAAGGAAAACUCAUGUCUGAACUAUCAGAUCCAAAGUGGCUGUGUGACUUUGCUGUGCUGUGUGACAUAACCGACCAUCUCGCCCAGCUGAAUCAGAAGCUGCAGGGACGCAAACAAGUCAUCACGCAGAUGUCCGACACGAUCACGGCUUUCCAGCGUAAAUUGGACUUAUGGAUGUGGCAAGUGAAACAGGACAAUCUUGUCCACUUUCCUGUUUGUCAGAGCAUGUCAACCUCGUUUCCCGAGACUUUUUCAUGUGCUCAGUUAGCUACCAAACUGAGCUGGUUAAAGACUGAGUUUGAUCGGCGCUUCUCUGACUUCAGAGCACAACAGUCAGGCUUUGACAUCUUUGCCAAUCCUUUCACCACCGAUGUCUGCACUGCACCCCAACACCUUCAGAUGGAGCUAAUUGAGCUUCAAAGCGACAGUGGCCUGAGAGCAAAGUUCCAGGAUGCUGCAAUCCAGGACUUUUAUCGUCUGAUGCCCCCUGGUUUGAUGCCACAGCUUCGACUUCAUGCUGCCCGUGUUCUGUCCAUGUUUGGAAGCACCUAUUUGUGCGAACAGUUUUUUUCCAUAAUGAAUCUGAACAAAAACAAGCACAGAUCACGCCUCACGGAUGACAACCUCCAUGCUGUUCUACGCAUUGCCUCAGCACAGGACCUAAAGCCAGACAUUGACACACUGGCAACGGAAAAACGGUUGGGGAACCACCAGGUGGCAGUGACGCACCAUUUUCAACUCCAGUGA